UGCUUGCGGAGUGCAGGUGUAAUGUUUAAUGAUUUUUUUAAAUGGUUCCAGUUUAAUAAGUAAUGCUUUAAUGUAAUUGCUGUGUGAAGUCAGUGUCCGAAUUUUACUUCCGUACUUUCCUUUGAAACUGCAGCUGAUCUGAAUAAAUUUUACUAUGUCCUCUAGAUAUGACGUUUUUAUUUCCGAAAUCUCUACAAACUUUUGUGUUUAAAUGAAAUUAGGAUAAAAAAUAUUGUUUGAUCAUUAUAUUGAAAUGUGAUGGUAUUUCUGAUACUUCGUACGAACUGUUUCAAGUUUUCUUAACGAACUGUCUUACUUUUUUUUUAAGCGAAAUAAUUUUUUGGACAAUAUUAAAAAUGCCUUCAACAUCCUUAAAGGAACUCCACAUAGCUACAUCUAUGGAAAAUCUUAUACAGAAAUCUGUUGUUGAUGUCAAAGGUAGACCUACAAAGAGUCUGGUAACAGGAGCACGUAAGCUUUUUCAAGCAGCAGAGACUGCUCACGUCCUCGAUAAAGAUGAAGAGCAAGCUUUUGUUUUAUAUUCGAAGUUCAUUGAAUUGAUUUUAGUGUUGAAGGACAGGUCUGAUUUCUCAACAGAUCCAAGUCGCAAGUGCCUUAUGGAAUAUAGUAAUACUGCUAUUGCAAAAGCUGAAAGUUUGAAAGAGAGUCUAGUAAAGAGGUAUGCCCAUCUAGAAGAAGCUGCUUGCAGGAAAAAGAACGAAAUAAAUGAGCGCAUUUCAGUACUUCGUGCUAGUGAACCAGAUAAAAAUAUAUCAUUGGAGCACAAAGUUAUUUCUAAUAUAGAAGUAACAAAAGAAAAAGAAUUUGAAGAUGGUUCCAUAUCAUGCUCCAGGUUUUUUUCCUUGCUGACCUCUGGUAAGUUUGUUAUUAUUAUGGAUACAAGAUCAGCUGAGGACUUUACCAAAUCUCAUAUCAAGCACAGCUGCUGUAUUAAUAUACCUCAUGAAAUACUUAAACCUGGGUAGAGUAAUGUAUUAUAUUUUCUUUAU